UUGCCUAACAAACAUGCUCUAAGUAAGUUUUUAACCGGAGCAGAACAUACUAAUAUUAUCCACUUUGCUCAGUUUCUUUUUCCAGUGGACAAAAUUUCAGCGAAAUUCAUGUUCACCAUUCUCCACAGUCCCCAGCAAUGGCACUACCCUUCACAUCAAAACAGCUCAAAAUCACCACCCUCACCUUCUCUCCCGCUCAUCAUCUCCAGCCACCAAAACUCGCCUGCAAAUAAUCGAACGGCCGAAAACACCCGCAGGUCAUCGCCGGCCGGAAAAAUCAAGCGGCUGGCCCUAACCCAACAAAGCAGAACAAAGCUGAACAACAAUCCAGACAGGGAUUUCUACGAGUACCCUCGAUUCGUAACCCACGUCGAUAAAAACUUCAUCUUGAAUCUGACUGAUCUUUACAGGGAAACUCUGAGGCCGGAAAUGGAAAUCUUGGAUCUCAUGAGCUCGUGGGUAAGCCACUUGCCUGUGGAAGUCGAGUACAGGAAAGUGGUGGGCCAUGGGCUUAAUGCCCAGGAGCUUGCGAGAAAUCCGAGGUUGAAUUAUUUUUUGGUCAAGGAUUUGAACAAGGAGCAGGAAUUUGAGAUGGAGGGUGAUUGUUUCGAUGCUGUUUUGUGCACCGUGAGCGUGCAAUAUCUCCAGCAGCCUGAAAAGUCCAAGAAAAGGGCACACUUCAACUGGUCCAAGAAAAGGGUAGACUUCAACUGGGUAUUUGCUGAGAUCUUUCGAAUACUGAGGCCCGGGGGAGUUUUCAUAGUCAGCUUCAGUAAUCGGCUGUUUUACGAGAAAGCUGUAAGCGCAUGGAGAGAUGGGACAGCUUAUAGUCGCGUGCAAUUGGUCGUGGAGUAUUUUCAGUGUAUCGAGGGUUUCACUCAGCCUCAAGUUAUUCGUAAAUUACCUCAUACUAAUGGGGAUGAAAGUAGCUCGAUUUUCGGUCGGAUUAAGGGGCUGUUGGGUUUGUUGACCGGGUCGGAUCCUUUUUAUGCUGUCAUAGCUUACAAGAACUUCAAACCUGUAUAUGAAUGAAUAUAAGAAAGAGCCUUAUUGUUUAUCAUUUUGAAGAUUUAAUUAAUCUUGGGGCUUAUUGCUUAUUGUUUAUCUUACAUUUUUUCCACUUGGUGAAAUACUGGUUUUGAUAAUCUUCUUUCUUAAGAC